CUUCGAGAGCCAAUAAGAGGCCAUUAUCGUCUCCCAAUGAGAGCCUGCGGAAGGCGCAGCCAAUGAGUGGGUGCCCUUGGGCUCCGUCCGACCAAUCAACGACGGCGGUUAAAAUUUAAACGUGAUCUUUGGCGGAGUCUAGUAUAUUGCUUUGCGCAGCGGUUUGAGUUCGUGGGGUGUGAGGACCCCAUGAGGCAAAACCACUUUGCUCUUCAAGGAAACUUAGACACGCUGCUGUACUGAGCACAACUUCUGUCUAUUUUCAGGGGCUGGAUUUGGAGCCAACACCCGCUUGCUUGUGGAGAACCUGUACUCCCUUUCAGAAUAAAUAAGAUGGCUACCAAUUUUGCCACUCUGUAUAAAAAGGAUCUGAGUACCAACUGUCUCAAGACAAAACUUGUCCGCCGAAAGUCCAUUAGGCAGAAGGAAAACCGGUACAUUCAGUUCAAUAAGGGCAGGCAGUUUGGACUGAUUGAUGUGAAUACCCAGCCAUCAAGGGACCGGGAACUUUCUUGCCUGGAGGAAACUGAUGGAAUUCCUUCCCCAAAGAACAAGACAAAGCCAAUUCAAACCGGAAAUGUCUCAGUCAAGACUCGUGGUCAGGCACGCAUAGAAAUGCUGCAGCGUUACAAAGCUGAAAAAGAACUUCGAAAAUUAAAGGAGCAGCGAGAUAAGCCUUUGUUCAAAGUUGGGCGAUACAAACCAGAAAACCCUUCCUUCCUUCCUCCAACAUCACAGAUCCCAGUUCUGAGCAAGACAAAGGAGAAGGUGGCGGCGGCAGCAACAGCACUUCCAGUGCGAGAAACAAGAUCAAAAGCCAAAAACCAGUUGGAAGGAACAAGUAAACUUCCAGCUAGGCCACAACCUUUAGCGACAGCACCCAACUAUACCAGCAAGGGCUGUGGUCUGCAGCCAGCUCAGCACAGACAGAAGCAGAGCUGUGUAGACAAACCUCCCCCAAAAGAAAGAAAAGGGGUGCAACCUUCAGCCCCCCCAACCACAAAUGGAAGGAUAACCAGAUCUACAGCUGCAGCUCUGACCAGAAUACCCCGGGCAUCACAAAUGCCUACAACUGCAGGUAAUCUGUCACAGAAAAGAGUUACAAAUAAAGGAAAGCAGCAGAAAGAGAUAAAAAAUGAAAGUGAAAUGGCUUUGCAUGAUAUGAAAGAGAACACGCUGGAGCCAGUCAAAAGAGAGGACAACUCCUAUAUCCCACUAUCUGUAGACAAUGGGCAGGAUGAGGCCUUCCUGGAGAAGGAAAACAUGCCAGCAUCUCGCCUUCCAGAUCCUGCACCACCGAAGAGAAACCGCUCGUUUGCCCCUCAGAACUUCCUCUUUAAGCCUCUGGAGGGCUUGGCCACCUACAAAGUAAAGCCAAUGACCCCUUCCAGGGCAAAUGUCUUCUUAUCACCCAAUCUUACCUGGAGCCCCACAAAGACCACCAGUAAAGACACAAAAGAAACCAGGCCACUGGACUGUCCUCUAAGAAGUCAGUCUUCCCCCAUUGAAGAAAUAACGGAGAACCUUCCAGAGUGUCAGCCUGCACUGGAGUCGCUGGAGAACGAGAUGGAAAGUGCAGUGGGUGCCAUUUCCUGUGGAAGCGAGACCUCUCUGCAGCCUGUCGUCCCCCCUGUAACUGAAACGCCAGAGCCAGCGCCAGCAGGGGAGCUGCAACACGAUGUGCCCUAUUUCAGAAACAUCCUUCAAUCUGAGACAGAGAGGCUGACAUCUCAUUGUCUGGAAUGGGACGGAACAGCUGAGAUGGACAUACCAGAGGAUGCAAAAGAUCUUGUCCGCACCACCGUUGGGCAAACUAGACUGCUGAUAUCGGAGAGAUUCAAGCAGUUUGAAGGGCUAGUAGAUAACUGUGAGUUCAGACGUGGUGAAAAGGAGACAACGUGUGGAGAUCUGGAUGGAUUCUGGGACAUGGUGAACUUCCAAGUACAGGAUGUGAAUAAAAAAUUUGAGAACUUAAGGAAGCUUCAGGAGAAUGGAUGGCAAAUAGCGGCUGAUGUCCUGGCGAAGAGACCUGCCAGGAAGAAGGCCUCUCAAAGGGCAACCAAAGCAAAGGAUGGCUCUGCUGAAAGGACUGCUGCCCGAAAACGCCUUGCAGCUAUCAAAGCCCUCAUGAAGAACCAGAUGAAGCAGGACGGGGUAGCAACGGAGGCUGCAGGUCCAGCAAUGCCCUGGCAGGUGGAGAAAGUGACAUUUGAUGGCGGGUUCUUCCAAGUCGAAUCUCCCGCCAAAACCUUCGCAGGCCGGACUCCUAAAUCUACUGGCAGAACUCCCCGACGGAUUUCUACACGUACAACUCCAAGAUCUGCCAGCAGGACGUUGCUUCAGAGUUGCGCAGACACUUGCGUCGUAAGGCUAGGCACUCCAGUCGUAUCCAACUCUGUCCCUCCGCAACCAGAUCUGAAUACCUGCUUGACUUUUGCUGGAGCUGACCACCUCAGUUGCAUUCCUGAACAAAGUGACACCCAAGCUGCAGAGGAACCUUGUGCCAUGACAGAAGACACAGCAGAAGAACCUAACGAAGCACAAACUACCACCAGUGACCGGGGAUCGCCCUCAAAAGAGAUGAAUGGCUCAGUUUCUGUCCGUUCUCAGGAGCUGGAAAAUCCCGAGUCCAAUUCGGAAGUCCCAGAUGCUGAAGAAGAUGAACAACAGAUGGAUGCCGAUCUGGGUGGACAGGAUGUUCUGUGCAGUCCCAAGAGGGAUUCCCCGUUUGAAGGAACUUGUGAUCAGGGUGGAGAAUUGCAUACUCCAGGAUGCAAAACAGGCUCUCUUCUUGGGGACUUCUUUUCCUGUGAUGAAAUGGAACUUGAUCUCCGGCCAAUCCCAGACAGCAGCCUGGUCUUCACUCCUCUGAGAAACGAAGCUGAGAGGUUUGCAGCAACUGCUGUCUACAGCGACCUCAUCACUUUCUCACCUCUUCCAGAUGGGGAGAAAUAAAGGCAAUGUGUACUCCAGGACAACCACAUCCAUGCACUGAGUAAAUGGUGGGAGGGGUGGCUGUGUCUCAGCCUCACGCAUGAUGUCAAGGAAGUAGGCUUCAACAUCUUAAGACACCUUUUCGCUUGAGUAGCUGUAUGACCAGCACAUUGCAGUGGAAAAUGGCCUAUCGAUAGUGGCUAGAUGUGAGUUUCUCAAAGAUGGGUGCUUCUUCUAAAAGUGAAACCCCAAGUUCUGUGUGAUAUGAAAUUCAAGUGUUGAGAUCGUCUGUGUAUCCACAUGUUUUACUAUCUGUCCUUUAUUUAGAUGUAGUGCUUACAAGGGCUUCUGUUCUAACAGGGCCGACACAGGAAAGGAAACGUUUUUAAGUUUUAAAGGUCUUAAAGGUUGUGGCUUCCCCUUGAAAAAUGCCUGUACAGAAAAAUUAGUUUUGCAAGCAUUUUUUUAAAUUUGUUUUCUGUUCUUUUAAUCCUAUUAUUGUCAAUCUUUGGCAUACUCAGUAUUCAAUAUAUUAUUAAAAUACACUUGCUCUUUGUA